GGCAGGGGAGGGCCGCGCGGUGCAGGCUCGCGGGUCGCGGCGCCGGGCGGCAGGGACGGGACACCGAGCCCGCGCCUCCUCUCCAUCCGAGGGAGAAGCCGGCCGCCCUGGGGGCUAUGCAGAAGGCAGGGGCCAGGGGCCGGAGGGCCUCCGACUGCGGCCCUGCCCCUCAGCGGCCCCGGUGCAUCACCAAGUUUGCCCAGCAGUAUGUGGGCUCCUUCCCCGUGGACGACCUGGACCCCCAGGACAGUGUGUGGCUGGUCCAGCAGCAGCUGUGGGCACUGAAGGACUGUCCCCGACGCCGGGCCGUCAUCCUGAAAUUCAGCCUUCAGGGCCUCAAGAUCUACAGUGGGGAGGGCGAGGUGCUCCUGAUGGCACACGCCCUGAGGCGCAUCCUCUAUGCCACCUGGUGCCCGGCCGACUGCCAGUUUGCCUUCAUGGCCCGAAACCCCAGGAGCCCAGCCAGCAAGCUCUUCUGCCACCUCUUUGUGGGCAGCCAGCCUGGAGAGGUUCAGAUCCUUCACCUGCUGCUCUGCCGCUCCUUCCAGCUCGCUUACCUCCUGCAGCACCCGGAGGAGCGGGCCCGGCCCGAGCCCUGCCCGGGGCCUGUGGGGGACGUUCCCCUGAAGCCCGUGUCCGGCCCCGGGGGGCCCCCUGGCCUAGUACGGGAACCCUUCGGCCGGGAUCAGCUCUCACAGAACGUUAACGCGCUGGUCUCCUUCCGGCGGCUGCCGGCAGAGGGGUCUGAGGGCAGCGGGAAGGAGCUGCUGGAGUCGGGGAGCCGCGGGGGCGCCCGCCACGUGCGCCUGGGGAACCCGUACUGCUCGCCCACGCUUGUGCGCAAGAAGGCCAUCCGCAGCAAGGUGCUCCGCUCCGGGGCCUACCGCGCCUGCACCUACGAGACGCAGCUGCAGCUGUCCGCCCGCGAGGCCCUUCCUGCCGCGUGGGAGGCCUGGCCCCGGGGACCCGGGGGCCCCUCGUGCCUGGUGGAGAGCGGGGGAAGCCUGACGGAGAACAUCUGGGCCUUUGCUGGCAUCUCCAGGCCCAGCGCCCUCGCCCUGCUGCGGAGAGACGUGCUUGGAGCCUUCCUGCUGUGGCCUGAGCCGGGCGCCAGUGGCCAGUGGUGCCUGUCGGUGAGGACACAGUGUGGCGUGGUGCCCCACCAAGUCUUCCGGAACCACGUGGGCCGCUACUGCGUGGAGCACCUGCCAGCUGAGUUCCCCAGCCUGGAAGCCCUGGUGGAGCACCACGCGGGAACGGAGCGGAGCCUCUUCUGCUCCCUCGACAUGGGCCGCCUGAACCCCGGCUAUGAGGAGCAGGACUGCGGGCCCGAGGGCCGGCCUCCUCGGAUGCUCCGGCCCCUUGGCCACGCCAAGUCCGAGGCAGAGCUGCAGGGUCUGGGUUAGGAGGCGGGGCCCCACCCGGAUAGGCCCCGCGGUACCCUGGCUCCCGGGCCUCAGCGGGCCACUCGGCUCUGGCCUCUCCCACCCUGCUGGGCACCACCAGUUCCAUCCAGUCACUGCCCCUGGGACCAGUCUUCCAUCACUUCCCUGCCUGUGGGGGUCCCUGAGAGUGGGGAUUGCCAGGGGCUUCUCCCCAGGACAUAGGCCGUCAGGAUCGCAAGCGUGGCAGACCGAGCUCCAGGCUUCCAAGAACUUGCCGGGUGACUCGAUGCUUGCCUUCUCUGGUCUCACCUUACUCCUGGGUGGGGAGCUUUCCAAGGUGGGCAGGAAAGUUGUUCCAGUGCAGGUGGGGCCCUCUCUUAAGGAGGCCAGGCCUUGGGGCCCUGACUGGGCGUCCCCAGAGAGCUCUGGACCAAGGCAGCCAGACGCGUGAGGGAGAGGUGUGCGGGCAGGCAGGAGAGAAAGGGUGUGGGACCAAGGCACCCUCUCCGGGAGAGAAACAGCAACAACGCGGUGGAGUUUGGGGGCUACAUCCAAGCAGACAGAGCGCGGCCUGUUUCCCACAUCCUUUGAGGUGAGAGGAGUCCGCCCUUGAGUUCUGAAGUGAGGGGGCGUUAAGAGGCUGCAGAGAGGAGCCAAGUCACCCAGACCCCGGGGUGGACACCUGAGUGGAGAAAGCAGUGCGAGCGGCCUGACGGGGCAGAGGAUCCCAGUGAACCUCAGAUUAGGACGUCUGCUCAGAAAACCACAGAGUUGGGCUUCCUGCUUACACAGAAGAGAUGUCGAAGAUUCCUCCCCUCCCGUACACCCUCCAAAAACCAAGACACCCCCCCACCACCACCCAGGCUCACUUCCUUUGGCCAUUUGAUUCCAAGGGGCCAGCAGUGAGCUACAGGCUUAUGGGGGUGACCAGGCCCUGAUCCUCUCAUCCUGCAGGCCACACUGGGUUUGGGUUUGGUGGCUGCCUGGGAAGUGCCCCCACACACACAAUGAUGGCAUUUCCCUUAAUGGGCAUCUGUCAGGGACCAUGCCAGCCCCACUGGGGGUGAGGGUCAGGGAGGAACCAUCUAAAGGCAGAACUGCUGUGGGCCCUGCCAGAGGACACUUGGCCUUGGCUGGCACAGGGGAGUCCAUCCAGGGAAAUGACCCUGCGGUGAUCGACAGCUCUACGUGUCCCCCUUUAUAAGUAAACUUGACAGACAAACAUGAAUCUCCCAAACUAAGGAGCAAGUUCCCGGUGGAUGAACUUCUACUCCUGAGGCAGAGGCCUAGUCGUGAGUCUGGGGGCUGCCUUCUCCCCUCUCUGGGGACAGGAUGUGACUGCGUAGUGCCUUGAAAGUAAUACACUUGUGUUUCUUGGAAAAACAAGCAGCCCCAAUGGAAUAAAAAGAUUGAGGAGCCUCAGAAGUUCAGGCCUGGCGUUCCCAGUUUACAACCUCCAGCUCAGGAAAGGGUCUUGGUUGGGGUCUUGUCACUCUUGUCACAAGAGAUAGGAGGAAGCUGUCCUUUAGGGGCUUGUUUCACUGGAACCCUAGGGGCUCAGAGGUUAAAGCGUCUGCCUCCAAUGUGGGAGACCUGGGUUCGAUCCCUGGGUCAGGAAGAUCCCCUGGAGAAGGAAAUGGUAACCCACUCCAGUAUUCUUGCCUGGAGAAUCCCAUGGACGGAGAAGCCUGGUGAGCUACAGUCCAUGGGGUCGCAGAGUUGGACACGACUGAGCGACUUCACUUUCUUUCUUUUCACUGGAACCACAGCAGUGGUUUUGUACUGAAUAUGAGUGGGAAACCGGACUCAUGUUACAACCCUUACUACCAGAAGCCAUCUCCUCCCUGGGCAAAGCCCUGUUCCUUCAUAAGCCCCAGCCUCCUAUUCCCCUGGCGAGGAGAGGGGUUUGGUGAUAUGGGGCCCAGGAUUACUGCACCAGAGUCGCACACAUUUAAGAAGCCCAGCUAACUGGCCUUACCUCUGUGAGGGACGGAUUUUGUUGCACCAGUUAUCUGUGUGGACAGGGUCGGGAGCGUCCCCACAGUACUUUAACAUCCUUGCACAUAGCGCUCAUGGGUCACAUGGUACAAACAAGGCCAGGUUUGUGACCCACGUGUGCAGACACCUCCGUGUCUUCAUAACAGACCACAGUUUCCAGUGUUGCAACCAGCGCCACCUGGGUAGCCCAGCUCUCCUUACUGUGUGGACUUGAAACA